GUUCCAGUCAGACCGAAGUUGCAUUCGGGGAACUUUCCAGAUCCCUGAAUGUGGACGCUGUUGGCGUAACUUCCUCCAGCACCGAUACCUCGAUCAACGAGCCGCUCGUCCUGGGAUCGAGUCCCUCCGCGUCGGUCCCGUGGGAUCUGCUCAACUCCGAGCUUUUAUCUUCGGGGAUUGCCCGUCUGCCAGGCAGCGUGGACAAGCUCGGGAGGCCCGUGGUUGAAAUCCCCCAAAACGGAGGAGUCUGGCAGGACCCUGGGAUCUCCGCCAAAGAGGUGGCACGGCUUCUCCUCUGCCUUUGCUCCAUGGCCAGGAAGCGUUCCCACGACCAGGCGGUGGUCAUCCUCGUUGAUGCCAGAAAGGAAGCUCCCCCUCUGACGCUCCCUGCAGCCUUGGGAUCUCUCCAGAAAACUUUUCCUGGAGCCAUCCAGGUUCUCCUGCUGGUGGCGGAGAAAGAGGCCGCCUCUCAGGUGGAGAAGUUCCUCGGCUUACAGGUGGAGACCGUGACUUCUCCGAAAGCUUUGACCCGCCACGUGGACAAUAGCCAGCUGACCCAGGCCUUUGAUGGUCACUUCCCCUACAACCACAGGGAAUGGGUGCAGUUCUUCCAGAAAGCCCAUCAUUUUGUCGGUGGUCUCAAAAAGGCCUCCGAGUUGUUACGGACCACCACGCAGGAGCUGGAGAAGGAAGAGGACCUGGAAACCUUGCAGGCGGUGGAGCGCCAAGUCAACCGGCACCAGCAGCUCAUGCAGGACGUUCUGCGUGAUGCCCAGCUGGUCAGCUUGCAGAGGGAAGGAGGGGCCACCCUGGCCAGGCUGCGGAAGGAGGCCACCCGGCUCGGCUUCACUCCUGAUGUCCGGCGCAGUUUUGAGAGCACCUUGGCAGUCUACAACCUGGUGGAGGAAGAAGUUCACACACUGGUGACCAAAUCCAACGGUUGCCUGGAGCACUUGGAGUUCCUCAAGAAGAUCCGGGAACUUGAGGAAGAAUUUCACCAGGUCACUUUGUGGAUUGAUGAAGAAGGAGAACCAGAGCUGAGCAUGAUGGGAUUGGCGGAAGGCAGCCUAGAGAAAACGGAAGAGUCCUACAGGCGGUUUAAGGACUUUUUCAAAGAAGCCACGGGCUUCAGUUCUCCUGCCCAGAAUUAA